AUGGCUGCAACAACAGCAAUGACAGCAUUCAACUCAUACUCACCUCAAGAACAAGCACAAGAAUCAACAGACACCCCUCAACUUUCAAAAAAACCCAAAACCCUCCUCCAUAAACACCCUCUCUACACUCCAACCCACUCAAAACUCUCCCUCCAAUUCAAAGAAAAAAUCCUCUGUCUCGAAGUCAUGGGAAUCGAUUCAGGGAAAGCCCUUUCCUUAAACCCUUCAAUCCAUUCCACCUCCCUCGAUUCCAUUCACUCCAUCAUCACAUUCCUCCGAUCCAAAGGCAUCCAACAGAAAGACCUUCCAAGAAUCAUCGAUCACAAUUUCCGAAGAGUCAUCAACAAAUGCCCUCGAUUGUUAGUUUCGAGCGUUGAAAACCAACUGAAACCUGCUCUGUUUUACCUUCAAAGACUUGGGUUUCGGGAUUUGGAGGCGUUGGCUUAUCAGGAUUGUGUAUUGUUGGUGUCGAAUGUGGAGAACACGUUGAUUCCGAAGCUGGAUUACCUGAUUGGACUUGGGUUUUCGAAAAGGGAAGCGAUUGAAAUGGUUUUGAGGUGUCCUGGGUUGUUUACGUUCAGUCUUGAGAAUAAUUUUAAGCCGAAAUUCGAGUAUUUUGAGAAGGAAAUGAUGAGGGAUUUGAGUGAAUUGAAGGAUUUCCCACAGUAUUUUGCUUUUAGUUUGGAGAAGAGGAUAAAGCCUAGGCAUUUGGAGGCUUUGGAAUGUGGGAUUAAGAUUCCAUUACCACUUUUACUUAAAACCACUGAUGAAGAGUUUGCAGAUUUGUUAAAGCAGGGGGAUAACAACAAAUCAAGAUAUUUGUAA